CAAUCUCCAAUUGAAUAUUCACAAUUCAACGCGUCUCUUUCAUCAACAUCAAUAGAUCCACCAGCGUCAGUGGUUUAGUGGUAAAAUCCAUCGUUGCCAUCGAUGGGCCCCGCGUUCGAUUCGCGGCUGACGCAUUCUUUUUUCACCUUUUUGCUUCUUUUUUGCUCUCACCAGGGAGGGGAAGGGGGAACUUGUGUGUUGAGGCCGGUGUGAUAUAUCUCACAGGCAAGCCUCCCGUGUAGAUGUCACAGGUACACAGUGCAUGCAGCAGCUCCUCUAAUCCCAAGAAAAAUGACAUGUUUUGACCUUCGGCAUUCUGCUGCUGCGAGAUACUGUGUGCCCGCUGGCCAUGGUCUGACGUCUUCCCGACAUCAGCAUACGUCGAAACUCGGCGAAGCUAGACAACAACAGGCAGUUCAGUUGCACACCUUCUCCAUACACCGCUGUCAGUGCCGACAGUCAUUUUUGUUAAUGGGUUGGCUUGCUGGUGAGAAUUUGUAUCACAGAGAGUUGGCGGGAGGCCGACAUCGCCUCAGGCCACUCUGGGUUCUGGUGCGCUGCAGGGAGAGCAUUCCCAAAUCCAGACGCUGGCAUUUGGUAUCUGGGUCGACGGACAAAUCACAAGCCAGGCUUUGGAGUGGUGUGGAGAGCUGUCGGGGCCGUCGGGACCGGCUGCUACCCCUCUCAAGACCCAGAAACCAGGCGCGCGAUCCCCCCGCGACUCUGGAGUCUGAGGAGGAUUGCCCAGCCAUUUGGCUCUGGCUUGCGAGGUGGACCGUGGGCGGACCGGCCUUUUUUUCUUUUAGAGUCGCCCGCGAUCCUACGUCAGUCCUUCCUUUCUUAGGAAAGGUGAGCAGACGGCGCGGUUUACCGCAGCAUCGACAGACCGGAUGACAUCCGCGUGGUUCUAGUGAGCUCGGCUGGAGCUGGACCCUUUUCAGUUUCCACUGUCUCCCGCCUCCAGCCCAGUCCAGUCCACCUCUUCUCUCGGUCGGCGCGAACGGCGGGAGCAACGGCGGGAGCAACGGCGAGACCCAAGGCCUA